GCACAAUACGCCGGUGCGCCGAGAGCUACAGCAGACAGUGGCAGCCGGGAUUUACGGAAUCAGAUGUGUGUCUGUCCUUUUUAUCGCAGCCUCAAAGACACCGGUGUGCUAUACACACUUCAAGAAAGGCUGUCGUGACUUCUGGGAACCUGAAGAACCACAGGGGUGAUUUAGAAGUUUAUCCUAGCAGUCAACCCACCCGGUAGCACGCUGUGGCCCUUCGUGCUCUACGGUGUCAAGCUCCCUUUCAGUGAGGACUCCUUGCAUCUUCCCACCUUGCGGUGCCCUGCCUCCGUGAAAAGUGCAGGCCUCACCCUCCUGUAUAAUGACUGUGGCCACGGGCGACCCCUCUGACGAGGCGGCAGUACACCCUGGUCUUCCUCAGGACUAUGACCCUGGAAUGGAACAGGAGUGCUGUGAGCGAGUGGUCAUCAACAUCUCGGGUCUACGUUUUGAGACGCAGCUCAAGACCCUCUCACAGUUCCCCGAAACACUGCUCGGGGACCCCAAGAAACGCAUGAGGUACUUUGACCCACUAAGGAACGAGUAUUUUUUUGACAGAAACCGUCCUAGCUUUGACGCCAUCCUCUAUUACUAUCAAUCAGGUGGAAGGUUGCGGCGCCCCGUCAAUGUCACUUUGGACGUUUUCUCAGAGGAGAUCCGCUUUUACGAGCUUGGAGAUGAAGCAAUUGAGAUGUUUCGGGAGGACGAGGGUUUUAUCAAGGAGGAGGAGAGGCCGUUGCCUGACAAUGAGUUUCAGAAGCAGGUCUGGUUGCUGUUUGAAUAUCCAGAAAGUUCUGGGCCAGCCAGGAUUAUAGCGAUCAUAUCCGUCAUGGUCAUCCUCAUCUCCAUUGUCAGCUUCUGCCUGGAAACCUUGCCCAUCUUCCGCGGCGAUGAGGAGGAGAUGCAAAAAAAAGUCCCAGCUGCUUUCGGCAACUCCACAACCACUUACACAUCCACCUACUUCACAGACCCUUUCUUCAUUCUAGAGACGCUAUGCAUCAUCUGGUUCACCUUCGAGUUCUUGGUGCGCUUCUUUGCCUGCCCUAGUAAAGCCAGCUUCUUUGUGAACAUAAUGAACAUGAUUGAUGUGGUGGCCAUCAUUCCGUACUUCAUUACACUGGGGACUGAAUUGGCUGAGACAGCAGAGGACGGGCAGCAGGGCCAACAAGCCAUGUCUCUCGCAAUUCUGAGGGUCAUUCGACUUGUACGAGUCUUCAGAAUCUUCAAACUCUCCCGCCACUCGAAGGGACUUCAGAUUCUUGGCCAGACCCUCAAAGCCAGCAUGAGAGAGUUAGGUCUACUCAUCUUCUUCCUCUUCAUUGGAGUCAUCCUCUUUUCCAGCGCCGUCUUCUUCGCAGAAGCAGACGAGCCUGAGUCGCAGUUCUACAGCAUCCCGGAUGCCUUCUGGUGGGCUGUGGUUUCAAUGACGACCGUUGGCUAUGGAGAUAUGGUGCCUACAACAAUUGGAGGAAAGAUUGUCGGAUCCCUCUGUGCCAUCGCUGGCGUCUUGACCAUCGCCCUUCCCGUGCCCGUCAUCGUCUCCAACUUCAACUACUUCUACCAUCGAGAAACAGAAGGCGAGGAGCAGGCGCAGUAUCUCCAAGUUAACGUCCCUAAAGCCUAUUCACAAGAAGAGCUGAAGGGAAGUCGAAGUGGUUCCACCAUCAGCAAGUCGGACUACAUGGAAAUCCAAGAACCGGUCAACAACAGCAACGAGGACUUUCAGGAAGAGAACCUCAAGACAACCAAUUGCACUUUAGCUAAUACAAAUUAUGUUAAUAUCAAUAAAAUGCUGACAGAUGUCUAGUAAUUCAAGGAGCAGGUACGAAUUGAAUUAUAAAAGGUCUAUAGUAAGCCAUGUUCGAAAGAAGGAGUGUGAGGUUGAACGCCUCAGUUAUUGUCCAACCCUACGUCCAGGUAUUCAUCACAGUAUUCAUCAGUGUUUGCAUGGAGUCAUCUACUGUACACAUUAUACGGACCAGGAGCCAAGUAUUUAUAUAGAACUGUGGAACACAAAUAAACAGCACAUGAGUGUCACUAUAUUUCCAUAAACAUCUUACUCUCAAAGUCAUGCUUUGCCAAAGAAACGUCAUUUGUGUGCUUCAUCUGCUGUUAAAAAGGUUUGCGGUCACAUUCAGUACAUGUAUACAAUGCUAAGAAUAUUCACAGAAGUUUCGUCCACUCUCCCGCUGCUGGUUAAAGAACACAAAUAUUCACAUCGAUUCAAGACAGUUGUCUGUCAUUUUAGCGAUACUGUAGUGAUCAGGCUGAGAAUGAGAACGAUUUUGUGUCGAUAGCUGUGUGUGGACCCAAAAUACGUAUGUAUGGACAACACUUAUCUACUCCUUCACGAUUAUCCUGCUGCAAAUCUUUUGAAGACAAGAUGAAUGUCUCUACAUCUCAUAUUUUAUGUUAUUUAUAGUCUACGCUGUCUGUGUCCCCUAUCCUUCAGUGGCUUUUCUUUGAUCAUUUCAUAUCAGUUUUUUACAGUGUCUCCAGGAUAAGGAGCAUACAAAACACGUUAAAUGGAAAAAUAAGCAAAAUAACACCCUAGUGCCACAGAAAAAAAAGCUUGAUGUAUUUUGUGUAAGAGCAUACUGUUCAGUGUAUAUUCCCAUUGUUUCUGCUGCAAGCUGCAGAGAUAGUUCAAAAUGUAGUUGAUAUUCAAAUUACUUUGUCACUUAAUGAGCCAUAUUGUAGUUCACACUUAAAUGCCCCUAGCAAAUUUGUAGCAAUGAUAUCAGAUUAUUUUUAAUCACUGACUUGUCUAUCAUCCUGAAAUCAUUUUCAGAUGUUAGAAAAUCUUUGAUAGAGCUUUUUAGACAUUUUGUCUUUUCUACUGCCUUUUUUUGUGUGUAUUAUAGUGUUGCAUGGCCUCAAAACCAAUCCUAAUGGCAUGGAUCUUAAGCUCAAGAGUUACUGAUAUAAAGAAACAAGUUAGCUAGAAUAUUACAAAGAUAUGUAUCUUACGCUGUAUAUAUAUACAUCAAUUUUUAUCUGCAAAAUGUUAUUGUGAUCCAAAGGUGCUGUUUUCAGUUGUCAGGAUAUGCAUUUGAAAGAAUGAAAAGACACUCUGCAAUACGUUUGGAUGGACAGUGCAGCAUUGGGGCAUUGAUUGCUGGGACUCUGAUUGUCUUAGCUUCAGGUGACCUUGAAAUCUAGACUUACAGGCUUACUUGCUUCUCUGUAAGAGACUAUAUAAUGCCAAACAACGAUGAAUCAACAGAAGGACACUAUGGAAGUCAAUAUUGACUGAUUUUGAUUGACUUUCUACAAAUGCUUAGGCUCCAACCGCAGUUGUUGCCUCCUUUCCUUAAAAGUAUAGCCAUUAUCGAGGCAGUAAAUCUCAUUGUUUUCCUUCUAUUGACUUUUUAGAUGCAAAAUCCUGAGAAAAAUCCUGUUUCAGUGGAUUGAUGAUUAUGAUGUGAAUGUGUACCAUUAGAAGGUUUCUCGCCCACAUCUAUUCCAGUAUCUCACCUAGGCUGCAGGUGCCUUUGUCUUCGUCUCUCUAAUAUUUUUUAUGCAACUUUAUGUGCUGAUGCUGCUAUUUUAGAAGCAGAUACUGCUUUCACAGCUGCUGCUAAUUAUGUUUUCAUUUUUUAAUUCAGAAUAUAGACAUCACUGUAACACGCACAAUUCCUGUAGGUUUAACAAAGUGUAAAAUCCUGAAUGUUAAACCGAUCUAUCCAAACUGACGCCCCACAGUGCAUAGUCAGUGCCUAAGAAAUGUACUAAACUUAUGUUUGGAUGCUUUAAAGCUGAAGUGUCUUUUUUUUAUGUAAAAAAAAAAAAGUUCUGUCAUUAAUCCAUUUGUGGAAAUGACACACCUCAUCUCUAAUGCAGACAAACAGCAGGUUUUCUAUGCAUGACAUUGGACAGUACGCUGUUGGUAAAUCCAUCCUACCAUCCUAAUCCACAUACAUAAGCAUUGUCACUGCAACUUUAUAUUUAAUGUGUAAUAACAUGUUAUGCUUUUGGUGCUAGACCUGGCAGAGUUAAAUGUCAGGGCUAUAACAGUACCUCUAUAAAGCCUUCUUUUUUUCCCCUCAUUGGACAGGAAUGUCUUUGAAACCGGAAAAACGCAGUCUUUGCUUUGCUUGCAGGUGCACCUGUUUCUCGUAUCAUGUUUGGAUUGUGUGUUGAUUUUCUAAAUGUAAUUUGAAAUGCAAAAUGAUAGCACUGAAUGUCACAAAAUCAUAUUUGUUAUCAUCUUAGAAGGAUGUGCAUCAACUUAUGCAAUCA